AUGCUAACAAUAAAUAGCCUUCUUGAAGUAAAAGAUACACUUAAUUGGCUAGAUCGAAUACUCCUUCUAAUUUCACCAAUAUUAAAACCUGAAAGAGAUCCAGACUUGCGCAGAGAAGUGAUGAAAAAAUCUUUCCGUAGAGGCCUCAAUCAAGAGGGAAAGAUCCAGUUAGGCUAUGAGAAACCUUUAGAAUCUUUUAUUAGGUUAUAUCAAAUUUUAGAUAAAUUAAGAAUAUGUGGAAAUGUUUUUAUCAAAGAACAGAUCGAAAGGCUUAUUCACAAUAGUUUUGGCAAUAAAGCCUUUUCACAUGAUCUGUAG